AGAGCAUGAAAUGAUCAUAAAGACUGAAUAAUCUUACAUAAGCUAACAUUCGGUAGUGGUAUAGUCUCUGGCUGUGUAUAAAGCAUGUCUACAGCAGGAGAGAUGUAUCAAAUGGAGUCUACAUAAGGAAACAUCUGUCACAACUCUAACUGUAAUCUUUCAUUGUGCUGACAUUUAUUUAGGGUAAUUUUUAAUACAUUUUAAGGACCUGCAGGAAUUGCAUACAGACUCUUCUGUCCUGAACUGAUAUGAUAAAAUCAUUUACUCAAAAUGUAGGUAGUAAGUUAUGAAUGUCUGUGCAGUCUUACAAGUUUAAAAUUAAGUAUACAGAAAGGCUGUCUUGCAACAAAAAGUGAUGAUAGGUGAAAUUCAAUGUGAUGAUUGGUCAUAAAAUGUUUGUGACGUGACAAUGGAAACUUCUGUCCAGGCUUCUGUAACAGACAAAUUGCACAGUCCAGUACAGUAGGUGGCAGUAUGACAUAUUGUACCCUUGGCAAAGGCUGGUGCUCUACACAGUGUUGCACACAGCUUGCAAACAGAGCCAAAACUCGUGUUGCACGAUGGCUAACGCUACGCUUCAGUCAUUCAACGUGUUUCUGACGGAAAGAUUAACCGCAGCUGCGGUAGACAUCUAUGGAUUCGUUGAGAAGACAAUAAUAGACUACCAGGAGGAGGUGUACCGAACACAACUGGAGAACCAGAGGUUGCAGCGGCUGCUGGAUUUGGUCUACAAACCAGAGAUAAGACUGCACAGGACAGAUGCCAAACAGCCAACUGCACCUACAUCCGCAGAGGAGACUCCCCCUAAACAGCAGGAGUGGAGCCCGAGUGUGUGCCAGGACGAGCCAGGACCCUCGGAGGUUAAAGCGGAGCAGGAGGAGCAGAAGGAGGAACUGUGGAUUAACGGGAAUGAAGAGCUGCCUUCAGCAGAGGACAGCGAUGAUGGGGACGCCUUGACAAAAGAACUCAUCAAAACUGUGCAGCAGUUAGAGGACUGUAGAGCAGCAGAGGAGAGCAGAGAGAAAAUGCAAACCGCUGCAGAGGAUCCAAAGCACUCUGAAGAGAAGACAGGUACCACCUUAUACCGCUGCCACAUAUGCAACUACAUAUUCACCAAAAAAACUGUACUUACAUGGCACCUGAAGACGCACGAAAGCAGGUCGCAUGACGGCAAGGGAAACUUUGACUGUCACAUAUGUGGCAAACACAUACCCUGUCAGAGCAAUCUGCAGAACCACAUGAGAGUGCACACAGGAGAGAGACCCUACAGCUGCCAUUUCUGUGGCAAAUGUUUUAAACUGAAAGGACACAUGACAGAACAUAUAAGAACUCACACAGGAGAGAAACCUUUCAGCUGUCACAUCUGUGACAAAUCUUUCAACAGAGGAUCAACUCUGAGGAAACACGUUUUAGCCAAACAUAAAGAGGAGAGACCGUACAAAUGUGGGGAUUGUGAGGAGUUAUUCACCGAAAGGCUGCUGAUGAAGAGGCACAUGCGAAAAGUUCACGGCGUCAAACUGUCCACGAGUCAAAGCCCUGCCUAGAACCUUAGAAUAAGCAUCUCUGAUAAUGCACGUUGCAUAAAAUCUGAGAAUAGGGCAAGGUAUCUUUUGAAAUUGUUCGAUACUAGCUCCAUUGAGUUUUGGUACCAACACCAGAACAAUACUUCAUAAUCUUUUUUUUUGUUGUAUGUUUGAGAUGAAGCCAAACUUCUCAAAUGUUAAAUGCUGUCAUACAUAAAUAGCUUUAAGAACAUUGCUUAAAUAAAAUGCAAUCUAGAAUUGGCACAAUUAUUAUUUUGAAAGGGAAUAGUUUGACAUUGCUGUCCUGCCGAGAGUUAGAUGAGGAGAUUGAUCUCACUCUCAUAAGGAGCUGGAGCCAGGAAGUGAUUAGUUUAGCUCAGGAUAAAGACUGAGAGUAGCUGGAAACAGCUAGCCUUGUUUUGUUAAAAAAAUACACCUAUAGUUUUAAAUAUCUCUAAAGCUCACUAAUUUUACCUUGUUUGUUAAAUUCAUUCACAAACAAAUUUAAAACUAUUUCUUGUACUAACAACAGUGUCAUAGCACAGUCACAUCCUGGGGGCUUGUUGCGGU